CUCUCUCUUACAUUAGGGCUUUCCAUCUUUCGCUUGCAUCGCACUCGCUUUGACAGUGUUAAAUGAAGGCGCGCAUCAUGGCAGUUUUGGCGCACCUGUACCCAGCUAUGUUUUUGGCUUGCGCGUGGAUGUCACUGUUCGGACUGAUUUCAUGUCACACGGGCGUUAUAAACCAGAGAAACGUACGGGACCGAGAGCUUGACAGCCGCGGUGUGCAUGUCACUGGCAGAGAUGAAGCGCUCAUCUCAGCGCACAGCCGCGGAGAUUACAGCGGGGACCCCGGCGGACCCCGAGUCCGGAGGGCAUCGGCUCCGGAGAAAGUCUCUCUGCUCAGCAGCUCUUUCGUCCUUAAAGGGGAUGCCACCCACAACCAGGCAAUGGUCCACUGGACCGGGGAAAAUAGCAGCGUCAUCCUCAUUCUCACUAAAUAUUACCAUGCAGACUCCAACAAAGUUCUUGAGAGUUCCCUUUGGAGAUCCAGUGAUUAUGGGUCAACCUACACCAAGCUCAACUUGAUGCCUGGGACAACCAUCAUAGUCACAAACUUCUACAUCUGUCCCACCAAUAAGAAAAAGGUGAUCUUGGUGAGCUCCAGCAUCAAUGAACGUGACCAGAUGCUCUUCAUCAGCACAGAUGAGGGUUCAUCCUUCCAACGGCAGCCUGUCUCCUUCACCGUGGAUACACUCCUCUUUCAUCCAUCUGAGGAAGACAAACUUUUGGCUUACAGCAAGGAGGCGAAGCUGUAUAUCUCCACCGAUCUGGGUCACAAAUGGACUGUGCUACAAGAGCGUGUUACUAAAGACAGAGUUUUCUGGGCUGUGACGGCGGUGGAUGUGGAUCCUGAUUUGGUUCAUAUGGAGAUUCAAGACAUCGGUGGUGGAUACCUUUAUGUGACAUGUCUCAUACAAAAUUGCUCUGAUAAAAUGGUGACAGCACAGUUCUUGGGGAAGAUUGACCACAAUUCCCUCUCAGUGCAAGAUGAAUACAUAUUUGUGAAGGUAACUACAGGAAAUCGAACCAAGUAUUAUGUCUCAUAUCGAAGGAAUGAAUUUGUUCAGAUGAGAUUCCCUAAAUAUGCCCUUCCAAAGGAUCUGCAAAUUGUGAGUACAGAUGAGAAUCAGGUAUUCCUGGCUCUGCAGGAGUGGUAUCAAACAGACACGUACAACCUCUACCAGUCAGAUCCACAAGGAGUCUAUUACUCCAUUGUGCUGGAGAACGUCCGCAGCACCAAGCAACCCGAAGAGAAUGUCCUCAUCGACAUCCUUGAGGUUCGUGGCAUCAAGGGCGUAUUCUUAGCCAAUCAAAAAAUAGAUGGAAAAGUGAUGACUCUCAUUACCUACAACAAAGGCAGAGACUGGGAACCACUGGCUCCUCCCACAACUGAUAUGAAUGGCAAACCUGUGAGCUGCAAGCAGCCUGACUGUCACCUCCAUCUCCACCUGCGAUGGGCUGACAACCCUUACGUAUCUGGAACGGUCCACACUAAAGAUUCUGCCCCAGGCCUCAUAAUGGGUGCAGGUAACCUCGGGUCUCAGCUGGUUGAAUAUAAAGAGGAGAUGUACAUCACCUCAGACUGUGGCAAGACCUGGAGACAGGUUUUUGAAGAAGAACAUCACAUUCUUUAUCUGGAUCAUGGCGGCGUCAUUGUGGCCAUUAAGGACACCUCAAUCCCUUUAAAAAUACUCAAGUUCAGCACAGAUGAAGGACGAACAUGGAGCAUCCACAACUUCACCAGCACUUCUGUAUUUGUGGACGGACUUCUGAGCGAACCUGGAGAUGAGACACUGGUUAUGACGGUAUUUGGCCACAUAAGUUACCGUUCGGAUUGGGAGCUGGUGAAGGUGGAUUUCCGACAGUCGUUUCCCAGGCAGUGCACAGAAGCUGAUUAUGACUCCUGGAAACUCACUGACCUACAGAGAGAGAAAUGCAUCAUGGGCCAGGAGCGAAUGUACAGGAGGAGGAAAGAGUCAUCAUUCUGCAUUAAAGGGAAGAGCUAUACAUCAGCUUUAACAGCUAAACCUUGCCAGUGCACAGAGAAAGACUUUGCCUGUGACUACGGCUUUGAGCGUGCUCCCAGCCUCCGGUUAGAGGGGGAUCGCUGUUAUCCUGACUUCUGGCAUGAUCCUGAUGCUCCACCUGAAAACUGCCACAUGGGACACAGCUACAAGUCCAGCACAGGUUACCGGAAGGUCAUUGCUAAUGUUUGUGAGGGUGGCUUGAAUAAAGAACAGAGCGCGAAGCAGCAUUCCUGCCCUCUGCUGCCCCCUAGCGGUCUGCAGCUGGGCAUCAAAGGACAGAUGCUUGCUGUGGCACCUGGUGAUGACAUCACUUUUAUAGUCCAUCAGGAACAGGGUGACACCACCAGCACCAGAUAUCAGGUCGAUUUAAUGGAUGGCGUCAGGGCUAUAUAUGAAAACCUGACUGUCACAGAUGAACCCAUUCAGCACCGAUAUGAGAAGCCAGGUGUUUACCGUGUCAAUGUGAAGGCUGAAAACUCUGCUGGACAUGACCAAGCCACACUUUACAUCCAGGUCACAGCUCCUCUUCAGGAUGUCCAUCUGGAGGUGGUCCCAAUCGCUGGCAGAAAUCAAGAAGUAAAUCUCACAGCUAUAGUGCUGCCCACUGAGGCAAACCUUACCGUGUUUUACUGGUGGAUUGGAGAUAACCUUCAGCCGAAGCUGACCCUGGAGAACAGUCUGAUUACAAGGUUCUCUGAGGAGGGGGAAGUUCCUGUGACCGUUCAGGCUUCUAAUGGUCGAUCCAUGGUACAGGACAGCAAGACUGUCAUUGUCUACGAUCAUUUCCAGGUCAUCCCAUUGAGUUUCAGUCAUAAUUUGGAUCGCUUUAACCCAAACAUCCCUGAAUGGAGACGAGAUGUGGGACAAGUCGUAACCAAGAUUCUUGCAAAGCUCACAGGGGUUCCUCAGGACUCUUUGGUGACCAUGGUGAAGCCUGGUCUUCCCACCACUGCAGACCUCUAUGUUCUUCCUCAAGAGAGCACACCAGUGAAGAGGAGUGUGUUUGUGGAUAAGCGUGUUCCCACUAUAAAGCAGGUUCUGAGUGAAAACAACGUGAGCUUCAUUGUGAGAGGAGGGUUAAGAGUAUUGGUGACUCUGGCAGACUCGGACAGAGGUUCUCGUCUGGCUGCAGCAGGUCCAGGUGUUUGGGCUCUAGCUGUCUUUCUCCUCAUCAGUCUGAUCUCUGCUGCAGCAUUCAUACUCUUCAAGUUUAAAAGGAAAAACUACAAAAACCAUGGUUCCUUGCUGAGGCCAGAGGAGAGCAGCCUAACGCAUCCCUGGCUGCGUUUCAGAAAACUGCCGGGACGAAACGUCUAUGCCCAGAUGCACAAUGAGAAGGAGCAGGAAAUGACCAGCCCUGUCAAUCACAGUGAGGACACACAGAAUAUCAUUCAAGGCGAGGAGUUCAUUGAUGACGACCUUGACUCGCAGACACUAGGUAACCCUGGAGGCAACCACUCAGGAGUGGUGUUGAGCAUAAAUUCAAGGGAGCUGCACAGUUACCUGACCAGCUGAUGACCAAUGUGAAGGUGCCAGUGAUGAGCACAAUAGACUAUGCCUUCCUCCUCUCUCCAGAUCUGACCCUUCAGACACCCUUACAGGAGAGAGAUCAGAGACACACCUGCACCAAACCUUCUCCUCCUCUCUCUAUCUUCUCUCUGUCUUUUCCAGCCUCCGUUCCCUCAUUCUACGAGGUGGAUUUUGUGCCCAUCUGCUGCGCCUCGGCUUCACCGAUGAUCACUUGCGCACACUUACAUUUGUUGGUCUUUGCACCCUGCAGUCUGUCUCAUCCCUGUCCACCUUCUCUCUCAACUCUUCUCAUUGUUGCUCUUAUCACAGGAGCAUGGAAUCAGCCCCACUUACUAAUUCCCAGGGAGAAACUCAUUGACAAUGCUUUAUUUCCCAUCUUUUGUUAGUUUUGUCUUUCUGUCUGAAUAGUGUUUUGGACUCAGAUUAGACAGAUAUGUGAGUGAAGCGGUGCAGUGCAGGAUACGAUACACAUUUCAUUCAGGGGAAGUGAUGUUUGUUAGAUAUAGCCAAAGGGAAAACAUUUAAGAUAUCCUGUCACCCUCUUUUCUUUGUAUUGUUAAAAAAAAAAAAAAAAAAAAAAUUUGUUGAAUUUUCAUAUGCAAUAACACAUCUCUUGCUUUAAUCAAUAACACAAUCUAUUAUUUUGCCCUGUUUCAUGAUUAUGCUAUGCAGUAAAGUCAAGUCAUUUUUGUCUGUCUCGUCUGAUGCUGCAACACAUCAGUGAUGUUCUUCUUUUCCCGUUCAACAUAAUUAAUAUCUAUAGUGCAAUUAGUAACAUCAAUGAUUAUGUAAAACUUAUUGAUUACACUGACCCAAGAAAUGCUUUUAUUGCAAGCAAAUUAUGUCAAAAAGGCAGGAGCAAAAAAUGAUACACCUUUCCAAUAACUGCCAAAUCAGCACAGCUGGACCCUUCUUGGUGUUCUUGGAAAACCUGCAACAAUUAUCAGGGUCGUCGCUUAAUUUUACAAGGCCUGAGACAUUGUUUUGUGGGUGACUUACGAUAGGGCCUGGGAUAUUGCCCUUCAAGCCUCAUUCCUGUCUGUUUUCUCCAAGAACUACAGUGCCAAAUUCUCACCUGUGAGAUUAUAGUCCAUUUAUAUUCACUGCAUAAUGAAACAGUAUCCCCUAACAAAUCAAAUCCCAUCAUUCAUCGUGUCAAAAUCCUGUGUGAAAGCUAGCUAAAUUCAUAUGCUCCUUUAUUUAUUGGACUUUAGAUUUCCUCACAAGCAUCAGCCAUCAGAACUUGACAGGGAGUCAACACAGGAUGGUACCCAGUGUAGCAUGUGCUACCUGUCAGGUGUAGUGUGUGUAUAAGCCUAUGUUAGGCAUAGAAGGACGAGGUUACCAUCCCUUUCGUUUGGCUUGUAUAUAUAACAAUGUGUACAUAGAACCCUCUGUAUAUAGACCCUCCGAAAUAUGACACUUUCAAUAGACCAAAAUGUGCACUGUUUUCUCCCAAAUGCCUCGCACUGGGUUUUCUUGAAUUCAGGAGUUCUACAUGGACAUGAUUUGAUCACUUCUACAUCUUUGUCUUUAUUCAGCGUUGUUUACUGAAGAAUAUUCUUAAUAUUUCACAGUAUCUAUAACAUUUACACUCACACGACUAAAGAGCUGUGUGAGAAGUGGUGCAACUGUGUCUUUGUGUGCAUUCUGAUUUUUUUUGACAUUUUAAGGGUUUAGCUGUUUGAAUCGAGGUGUCUGUCUCAAUGCGCAUGUCUCGCUGUUGGAAUCACUAGUGUUUUCUGGAUGUGAAUGGAUGAAGGUCUCUCACUUGCACUAAUCACAGUUCAUGGCUUGUACAGUGUUGUUCGGGUGGGUUCAGGGAACACUUCAUUUUCAAGUGAGAAAGACACUGUGUAUGUUGAGCACGUACUACAUGAGAAAGAUUCAGUCUGGGAAGUAGGGUGACCAUACAUCCUCUUUUUCUCUCACAUGACCUGUCUAGUAUUUCUAAAUUGUCUUUAAGAGAUAGUUCACCUGAAAAUGAAAAUUACCACAAUUUACUCGGGCCAUCUUAGGUGUAUAUGACUUUUUUCUUUCAGACGAAUACAAUCGGAGUUAUAUUAAAAACACGAAUCCGAGGACUUGUAUAAAAAAAAAAAAAAUUCAGAGGAUUUCGAUAUAAGCCAGGAGGAGACUGGUUUACUGUAAACAAAACUGGGCUUUUGCGAGACUAGCAUAUUCUCAGUUAAUGGAAGCUACAGUUUAAAAUUUGUUUUAAACAUGGAUAUUUUUCUUACUCAAACACAUUGCUUUGCUUCUAAAGGUCUUUAUUAACCCCCCAGAGCUGUGUGGAGUCAUUUCUGUGAUGGAUGGAUGGAUGCACUUUAUUGUACUUCAAAAUCUCAACACCCAUUCAAUGCCAUUAUAACGCAUGGAAGAGUCAGGACAUGUUUAAUAUAACUCUGUAUUACUCAUGUGAAAGAAGAAAGUUAUAUACACCUAGGAUUGCUUGAGGGUGAGCAAAUCAUGGGAUAAUUUUCUUUUUUGGGUGAUCUAUCCCUUUAAAUGUCUGGGUUUUGUCUUUUUUUCAAACUUGAUGAAGGUAAUGACUGAAAAGUAGUGAUGCAGGUAUUGGACAUAAUUGACCAAUCAAAGAAGAAUGAGGACAGUAGAGAGCAUGCCAAUAGGAAGAUGAAGCCAAAACCCAGAAAUUUUAGACAAUUUAGAAAUCCUGGCCAGAGCAUGUCCAAAAAUAAAAAUAAAAAUAAAAAGCAUGAAUGGUCACCCUACUGGAAGUCUUGACCAAACUGAUAGUUUGCAGGUUCACAAUCUCUUCAACACAUUCGGUUGUGGAGCUUGAAAAGAUUGUGUCUUUCCAAGUUGGAUUCAAACAUUGACUGUUUUAUGGCGGUCUUGAGUCAAUAGAUUCUUUCAGCAUAAACCAAAAAGAUGGCAUCUCUACAUUCACCAGUUUAUGCUUAUGUAUAUCAAUAAUACACAAUUGUUCAUUUCUGUACAGUGCAAACAGUAUGAACUAAUUGCACCAGAAGCUGAACUGUCUUUUUUUUUUUUUUUUAACCUGUAUAUGCAGUUAUUUAGUAGUGUGUCAUUUGUAUUUCCAUCCAUGAAGCGACAAUGAGGAAACGCUUGAGUGUCCCAUUAAGAGACGUUUCUGAGUAAGUUUAUCUUUAGUGAUGGCACACUCCUGCAACAAGGACACUUCGUAUAUAAACACCUGAAUCAUUUUUGAAAUUCAGACUCAAAUCUGGUGGAGAGACACAGUUGAACUGAUUCUGUAUUUUUUUUUUUUUUUUCACUUUUUAUUUUUUGUUCUUGUUUCUUUAUAAUGUAAAUGUUUUUGACUCCACUGCAACAAGUGAAAAGCACUUAAUGAGCGUGUCUGAAUUCAAACACACUAACUGUAAAGGUUUGUUUUGUUAGUUUGAGCUGUUUAAUAAAGUUUUAACAUGAUUCAUGAA